UAAACAUUGCCUGUAGGAAAAGAUAGGGAUCCGAAACUCAAUGGCUAUUCAGUUUGUCGAUAUGUUUUUCAUUAUACGCACCUCUGAGAUGAUUUACGGCAUCAAAUAAUCAAAUAUUUGAAGACAUAUUUGUCAUUUUCCACUUUAAAUUGAAUGUACCUUGUAAACACUUGACGUCCUAUAUGGCGGAGUAAAUAAACUAGGCCACGUGAUUUUUUGACGUCUGUGCAGGAACCAUACAGACUGAAAUUGUGAAAGAAAAUGCUGUUGUAAAAACCCAGUUUAUAAGUUCUAGAUUUUAAUAGAUUUGUAAAAUGCAUAAAACUUGGCAAAUUAAUUGGAUAUAAAUGCUUAAUAUUUUCGUUACCCAAAAAUAAUUUAUACACACAUUCAUGCAAAAACAUAAGUACAUGUAGCGCAAGUUGCAAAUAAAGUUAAAUAUGUAAAAUAUAUCGCCAAUUUAGAUUAGCAAUGGCAUUCUUUGAAAAGGUUACUGCUUAUUUAGAUGAUGGUGCAUAUGUAGAUGUGAACUAGUUAAAAAUGGAGCAAGAAUUUAUUUCUUCAUCUGCUUUCUUAUUUCGUGCCAAACUUUUGGAGGAAUUUCCAUCUCUAUCAGCAUACUUGGAAAAAGGGCAUGGAGAAAAAAUUACAAAAAUUUCUCACAAUGAGUUACAUGAUGCUGUAUCAGAUGGCACAGCUUUUAAAGAAGGAAAUCGCCUUGUGAACUUUCAGUCUUUUUUCCCACAUAUGGCUAGUGAUAGUAAAGAAAGUAUCUCAUCAUCGAUGUUCAAGAUGAGUGGAUUGCCACAUCUGAGGGAGUGGUCCAUUUGGGUUACUUAUAGUUCUGUGUUCCAAAAUAUAAUGGUUGCAGCAGUUUUCACAAAUGCAGUUUCAAUUGGUAUUCAGUCGGGUAAGUAAACUAUGAAUUGACAAA